GAAAAUGCAAUUUGUAAAAACUUUAGCAAUUUUGGCACUAAUUGCCCAAUUGACGGUUAUUACUCCUUCUUGGGCACUCGAAAGACGAUUUUUGCCUCGUCGUCCUAAUCAUGAAGCUACAAGAAGAGGUAUUGAAUUAGCAAUCAUCUUUAUUAAUUCAUUAAGUUAA